AUGGACAGCGACAGCGAGGCCAACCAAAUCGCCGACCAGGACUCGGUGAUCACCCAGAACAGCGAGAACGUCGAGGACGAGGCGUUCCACUCCGAAGACCCGCCAAUUCCGUCGUACGCGAGCGGAAAGAAGACGGUAGCAUUUGACGAGAACAGGAACCAGAUCAACGAGAGACCGCUGAACGAGAGCGAGUACAGCGGCUCCGCCAGCUCCUUAGUGGUUGGUGCGGAGUGGCAGAGAGGCGUGGACGCCAGAUUGGCGCUGCAACAGGUCUUUGAGCCAGAGGAGUUUGUGACUUCAUCUCCGAUCAAGCAGGACGUCUAUUUUGAAAACAGCACGAUCUACGACAACCCGAUGAAUUCGCCGCAAAUGUCUCGCCGACUGGAUGCAGACUACAGCUACACGGUGCCGUUCUACCAGAACGACGAGUCAAGAGAUUCGUCGCCGACGAAAACCUACACCGGAGCCUCUCUUGGCGACGAUAUUCCUGUUCUGGCACACGGCUCGCUGCAGCCAGAGGACCAGCUGCAACAGGAAAAUGAGCGCAUCAGCCAGCCACACGACGCCCCACCUCGCUCAAGAGAGCAGGCAGAGCCCGCACAGCUUCAGGAAGUCAACGUUGCCAGAUUUGUCAACGGCGCUGUGCGGCUCCACUCAGGCACUUUGUCAGAACCCAAGGCGGCCAAUUCAGACCUCGCCGCCGUGAUCAGCCACUUCAAGUUGGAGCGAGAGCGCGCAAUGGCCGAGCGAGACGCAGCAUUGCAAGAGCUAGAUAGAAUCAAGUCAGUCCAGACAGAGUUCGAGGACGAAACCAUGAGCAACAAGCUCGCAAAGUUCCUGCAAAGCCUGUCGUCAACAAUCAACACACUGGAGUCGCACGUGGAGAAAGACCUGGACGACGAGGUGAGAAAACUGCGCUCAGAUAUGGCCCAGGUGCAGAAGGACAAAAUGGAAGCCAUGUUCAACGCGGGCGAGUAUUUGCGCGAAUGCAACAAAAAGGACACGAUUCUGCGGCAGGUCAAGCCGCAGCUCAUAUAUCUCUACCAGGAGCUGCUGGUCCCAUUUGUGAACUGCGGAGUUGCCGACAGCCUGGUGGCCGGUACGCAGAAACACGAGAUCCUGAAACUGUACGACUCCUUGGUGAUGGGGCCGCACAACUCGCAGGAGGCUACGAGCAGUAGCUAUGCUGGGCAUGCAUUUGACUACCAGCAGUUUUCGGUGCUGAACAACAGGCUGACAGAGUACUUUGCAGACCUUGCGCUGGCUCUUAAGAAGCUGGAUAUUGUCAAGAGGCCGAUCGACGCGCCCAUUUGA